AUGGAGAACGACAACACGGUCCUGCUCAACCCGCCGCUGUUCGCGCUGGACAAGGACGCUCCGCUGCGCUACGCAGGUGAAAUUUGUGGCUUCAGGAUCCAUGGGGCAGGCGUACCUUUUGAAGCUGUGAUCCUGGACAAAGCUACAGGUGAGGGGCUGAUACGGGCCAAGGAGCCAGUGGAUUGUGAAGCACAUAAGGAGCACACGUUCACCAUCCAGGCUUAUGACUGUGGAGAGGGACCCGAUGGAGCAAACACCAAGAAAUCACACAAGGCCACGGUGCACGUUCGAGUAAAUGACGUGAAUGAGUUUGCUCCUGUCUUUGUGGAGAAGUUGUAUCGCGUGGCAGUGACGGAAGGGAAGCUGUACGACCGCAUCCUGCGUGUGGAGGCCAUUGAUGGAGACUGCUCUCCACAGUACAGCCAGAUCUGCUACUACGAGAUCCUGACUCCCAACGUUCCCUUUCUGAUUGACAACGAUGGGAACAUUGAGAACACAGAGAAGCUGCAGUACAGUGGAGACCGGCUCUACAAAUUCACAGUGACAGCCUAUGACUGUGGGAAGAAGCGUGCUUCUGAUGAUGCUGAAGUGGAAAUCCAGGUGAAACCCACCUGCAAGCCCAGCUGGCAGGGCUGGAACAAGAGGAUUGAGUACCCCCCGGGUGCAGGCAGCCUCGCGCUCUUCCCCAACAUUCACCUGGAGACCUGUGAUGAGCCCCUGUGGAAUAUUCAGGCCACGGUGGAGCUGCAGACAAACCACGUGGCCAAGGGCUGUGACCGAGAUAACUACUCCGAGAAGUCCCUACGCAAACUCUGCGGUGCUGCCUCGGGAGAGAUUGACCUGCUGCCAGUGCCCAGCCCCACGGCCAACUGGACGGCGCAGCUCUCGGUGCACUACAGCCAGGACAGCAGCCUCAUCUACUGGGUCAAUGGCAGGAUCUCUUUCCUCUACUGGCCGCUGCUGGAAAGCGCACGGCCGGUCAAGUUCCUCUGGAAGCUGGAGCAGGUCUGCGAUGAUGAGUGGCACCAUUACGCCCUCAACCUGGAGUUCCCCACUGUCACGCUCUUCGUGGAUGGUGUCUCCUACGACCCUGCCCUCAUCCAUGACAAUGGCCUUAUCCACCCGCCUCGGCAGGAGCCCUUGCUCAUGAUUGGAGCCUGCUGGACUGAGGAGAAAAACAAAGAGAAAAUCAGAGGAAAUGAGAACGCCACUGAUACUGUACAAGGAGGUCCUCUGUUGAUCCACCACUACUUCCAUGGUUACUUGGCUGGCUUCACUGUGCGCCCUGGCAGCUUGGAGAGCCGGGAGGUUAUUGAAUGCCUGUAUGCCUGCCGUGAGGGGCUUGAUUACAGUGACUUCGACAGUCUGGGCAAAGGGAUGAAGGUUCAUGUGAACCCCUCUCAGUCCCUGCUCACCUUGGAGGGUGAUGAUGUGGAAACCUUCAACCAUGCAAUCCAGCACGUCGCUUACAUGAAUUCGCUCCGCUUCGCCACCCCCGGCGUCCGGCCGCUCAGGCUCACCACGGCUGUCAAGUGUUUCAGUGAAGAGUCCUGCGUCUCCAUUCCUGAUGUGGAGGGUUAUGUUGUGGUGCUACAGCCUGAUGCCCCCCAAAUCCUGCUGAGUGGCAAUGCCCACUUUGUUCAUCCUGCAUCAGACUUGGAGGCUCCUGAUGGGGUUCCCCUGUUCCCCAACCUCCAGAUCACCUGUUCUAUUUCUCACCAGGUGGAGGCCAAGAAGGAUGAGAAUUGGCAUGAUCCUGUGACAGACACACAGAUGUCAGAUGAGAUCGUGCACAACCUGGAUGGCUGCGAGAUCUCAUUGGUAGGAGACGACUUGGACCCAGAGAGGGAGUAUCUGCUCCUGGAUGGGGCACUGCUGCAGCAGAGGGGCCUGGAGCUUGUCAACACCUCUGCCUACCUGACCAUCUCAGGUGUGGAGAGCAUUGCAGUUUACGAGGAGAUACUACACCAGGUCUCAUACCACAUCAACCAUGGUGCUGCUCUUUAUGAAAGGAAAUUCCACCUUUCCUGCACUGAGAUGAAUGGACGCUACUCCAGCAAUGAGUUUACUGUUGAGGUCAAUGUCCUCCACAACAUGAACCAAGCCGCUCAUCCUAACCAUAUCCUGAAUUCCCAGCAGUUCAUGCAUCGAGGCCACCAUUUACCCCCAGAGCUAUCUGGGCACAGCUUGGCAAGCACCCAGCACAACCCAAUGGUCCCCAGUGCUGCCACUGUCAACAUCAUGGUGUGUGUGGGCUUCCUGGCGCUCAUGGUGAUCCUUGGCAUCCUGCGCAUCCACUCCCUGCACCGGCGGGGAGUGGGGCAAGCGGUCCCUGGAGCUGCUGAAGGGGGACACUCGAGCACUGGAGGCAAGGAGAGCGACAUGUUCUGGGACGACUCAGCCCUCACCAUCAUCGUCAACCCCAUGGAGUCCUACCAGAGCUGCCAGGAGAAGGCAGCAGAGUGCAGCGAGGGCAGAGCUAGGGAAGGCAUAGAGGAGGAUGAUGAUGAUGAGAGCAGCGACUCGGAGACACCCGACUCCCCGGACAGCAAUGACAUAGGUGACCGGCACAUCGUGGGCAACAGCGACGGCUCUCACCGCUACUAG